AUGGGGCACCCUGGAAAAAAGCGUUCUGGGAAAUCUGGGAAGUCGCCAGUGGAGGAUCAGGUUGUAAGAGCCUAUGCCGCGGAGGAAGAAGAUAGAAAAGAGCUGAGUGGUUCAGAGGAAGGGGAAGUCACUGAAGGAAAGACUCCAGUAAUUGAUAAACAAGUGAAGAAAAGGGUUUCUGCAGGAGUAAAUGAAGAUGUUGGGGGUGAAGUACAGAAUAUGCUGGAAAGAUUUGGAGCUGACAUUAAUAAGACUCUAAUGGCGAAGAGACAAAGACUAGAAAUGUAUACCAAAGCUUCUAUCAAAAGCAGCAACCAGAAAUUUGAAAAUGUUUGGAAGUCACAACAAGAGCAAAGGCGGAAGCUUAGCCAAGAAUAUUCUCAGCAGUUUGUGACUUUGUUUCAGCAAUGGGAUACAGACGUGCAGGGCUAUGACGAACAAGAUGAGAAACUAAUUAGUAUUUUUCGACAGCAACAAAAGUUAUUUCAACAAUCUAGAGUUGUUCAGAGCCAGAGACUGAAAACAGUUAAACAGUUAUAUGAGCAGUAUGUAAAGAGUAUGGAGGACUUAGAGAAAGAGCAGGAUAAUGUUCUUACUGGUGCACAAAAUGAACUUAAAAAAGAAAUGGCUAUGUUGCAAAAAAAAGUUAUGAUGGAAACUCAGCAGCAAGAGAUGGCAAGUGUUCGAAAGUCUCUUCAAUCCAUGUUAUUCUGAUGACUCUUUGAAGAAAGAACUUGAACCUAAGUAAUAUACAAUUAUAACAUUAGCUAAGAGGCAUGUCAGUCUUCAGAGUGGUUUAGAAAUUCUAGUUUAAAUUAUAAUACCCUUAAUCAUUAGCUUGUUUCAGUGUAAGACCUUCCUUUCUGUUAAUCCAAAUCAACUCUGAAUAGUUAUGUGAAUGACAGCUAUUACUAAAUGAUAUGUAUCAAGCUUUCAGCUCUUUUUUCUUUUUAACACUGUCAAUUAACUUUUAGCAAUAAAGAUGAUUUAAUUCUAGGUUUUGGUUUCCAUGUAUCUGCAUUAGUCCCCAAACGUAGAAAGCACAGGUAUAGAAGGUUACAUUGUUCUUUAAGAAAAAAGGAAAUACAAAAUCUAUUUUACGUGUACAUCCUUUUCUACAUACUUAAGUUACACAACCAAUUCUAAUGAAAAUAAGAUGAACUUAUGUGCAAGAAUAAAACUGCUAAAAUCAUUAACCUCUGAACAUUAAAUCAACAACUAAGCAAGAUUAUAUAAAUAUCAGUUUUUAAGACAUGGAUUUGUGAAUCUAUAAUUUCCACAAAGAUAGCAAAAUGUCAUUUAAUCGGGCUUGGUCUGCAAUUAAAUAACAAAUGCCCUUAGCACUGAUUAAGUGCACAUCAUUAAUAUACCUAAUUACUUAGGAUUUAAGUGUAUAACAUCUUCUUUAAAAAUAGAAUACCAAGAAUGUUUUUUUUUUCAA